UUUUGAAACAAAAUAAUCAUAGAAUCAUUAAAAAACAAUCUUACCUUAUGUUAUAUGUGUUUCGAAGUUAUUUAUUGUUUGUCAAAGAUUUGUUCUUACUGAGAUUAAUUUUCUUUUUGCAAUUUAAACAGACACUUUUUUAUUUUUCCUCAAACGAUAUGAUGAUAGCGUAGAGGUAAAAAUGAUGGUACAAAUCUAGGUCUAAGUUUCCUUCAAAGAUAUGAAGAAUAUGAAAUUGAUACAGCUCAAUUCUACUAACAUAUAUUUUGUUAACAUGUUAGGUCGAUGAAGAUUGAUCAGAUAUCGAAACGUAUUUAUUCUCGAUGUAUUCACGCAACUCUUGAUGGUCCCCUAAAGAGAAUAUAGCCGUGGUGAUUUAAACGUUUAUUAAAUUGUAUAGCCAGUUUGAUUCUCUUCAAUGCAUCUAGGAUUUGUAACUUUGUAAGUACUUGAUAGCUAAGAAAAAAUCGAUUACAUACAUUAAAAAUGUGUCAUGCGAAAGAGGAGGGAAAAGAAGAGGAGAAGGGUAGUCAGGAGGAUUGUCAAACGUAAUUUAUAUAAAAUUGCAAACGAGUAUCUACCUUUCCGCAAGUUGGCGUCGUUGAUAAGAAAGAUUGUUACAGUGAAGCAUUCAUUGGAACGAUAGGCACCAAUUUCUAAAAGUAAAUUGCUGCUAUUUACGUACCGGGAAUGACAGAACAAGUAAAGUUAUAUAGGAAUUACGCUCGUUUCGUUAAGCGUUUGCUUCUUCUUGGUGGAAUAUGGCCAAUGAUAGAUAAAGAAAGUUCAUAUUUUUAUCGUCGUUUACCGAUUUUUGCAGUAUCAUCGGGGAUCAUGAUGUUUUUCGGUGUAUUGCGAUUCUGUCAAGAUAAUAUAGGAAAUUUGAGCGUAUUCACUAAGGGUUUAAGUCUCGUAGGAAGUUUUUCAUUGAUAUCGUUGAAGGUACAAUAUAAUCAAUUUAAAAAUAUUGGAAAUAUGUCACUUGUGAUUAAAUUUAUAAAUCCAUCAAUAAUUAUAGAUUGAUUAUAUUCAUUUAAGGCUCUGAUGUUUAUUAUAUACCGAAAGCAGCUUUGUGAACUGAAUGAUAUCCUUGAUCCAAUGUUCGAGAAAACGCUUGAAAAUCCACGACUUAGACCUAUACUUUUGUCCCUAUUGAAUCUUUUUCGUUAUUUUUCUUAUACUUUUUACCUUUUAAUCAUGGGUAUAGUCACAUUAUACGUCUGUACUCCGCUUAUAUUCAUAGGAUACGAAGCUAUCAAGGAUAUAUAUCCUAGACGUUACGGUCUUCCAUAUCCAACGAGUUUUCCAUGGAUUGAUGGGACUCCUGGAAUAUAUUAUCACAUACAAUAUAUUUUCGAAACACAAUACAGUUGGUUCGUCGUAUUUAUAACGAGCGGAGUUGAUUCCUUAUUCGGAUUUCAUAUUUUUCAAAUAGUUGGAUUAUUCCGGGCAUUAUCUUAUGAAUGCGAAUAUUCCACGAAAUCUAAUCCUAACGAGUUACACAAUGUUAUUUAUAAUUGUAUUAAAAAACAUAUUCAACUUUUACGAUGUCGCGAUAUUAUUCAAACUGUUUAUGGGCCGAUCGUAUUCAACUUGGUAUUAACCAGUGCUAUGGUUUUAUGUUCCUUAUCCUUCCAAAUAUUUAAGACAGAAAUGACGAUAGCGAAAACACUUUUAUUCAUUGUUUAUGGCGUUCAGAAAACAACGCAAACUUUUAUAUACGCGUGGUGUGGAAGCACCAUUUUAUCAGAGGCUGAAGACUUUCGCAAUAGGAUUUAUUCUUGUAAAUGGUACGCAUGCAAUAAUGUAUCUAUAAUGAAAGGAAUUCUUCUUGUAUUAACACAAAAACCAAUGGUAUUGAUAGCAUGCCAUUUCUUUUCUAUCUCAUUGGAUAUGUUUAUUAAGAUUCUCAAUACGUCGAUAUCGUAUUAUUUUCUAUUACAAACAUUUGAAGAAAUGAAUCCACGUUAA